GUGUGUAAGGGUACCUGAGUCAUAUAGCAUAGCAUAGGAUGGUAACGUACUAGGACAACAUUAGCUCGUUAGAUAACGACAUAGCAUUGACUGAAAGGAAGAAAAAGAGGCCUACCAAGAUGGCCAGUGUGAUCUGUGGAAGGGCAAGGAUGGUGACCUACCUGCCAGGGAUCCAUGUUUUAGUGCGCCGUGUGGUCGGGGCCAGGGCCUUCUCUGGAGCCGGAUCCUCAGGGUCUGACGAGCCGCUCCGGAACAUCACACCACCUGACCUGGGACCCAGGACGGUGUGGCCAGACGCGAACAUGGGACCGUUCGCACCUCAGGAUCUGCGCUUCCAGCUACCUGGUAACGCAGGCUUUGAUUGCCACCUGGAGGGGACUGUAGAGCAGAAGAUGAGAACGCUCCCCAGACAAGUCCCAGACGUGCUGACCGCACCCUCCAGCAGUGACAGACACCACUUCAUUUUGGCCCAGCUGGCCUCAGAGUAUGAGGGUGAAGAAUCGCCCCCACAGCCUGUUAGCAAAGUGGAGCAGUACUUUGAGAAUUCUAAUGUGGAGUGUGCCAUACAGUUGUGCCCAGAACUGCUGAAGAAAGAUUUCCAGCUAAUGUUCCCGGAGGCACCCUCUAAGAGUAUGGUGGUGGUGACGGUGACGCAGAAGACAGAGAAUGACAUGACGAGGUGGUGUGAGGAGGUGGAUGAGGAGCGGGAGCAGCUGCUGUCUAAAUUUAUCAACGGGGCCAAGGAGAUUUGCUACGCUUUGCAGAAAGAAGGCUUUUGGGCAGACUUCAUAGACCCUUCAUCAGGGCUUGCAUUUUUUGGCACGUACACGAACAACACACUGUUCGAGACAGACGAAAGGUAUCGCCACUUGGGUUUCCAGAUCGAAGACCUGGGCUGCUGCAAAGUCAUCAGACACAACCUCUGGGGCAGUCAUGCUUUCGUGGGGACGGUUUUCACCAACGCACCUCCAGGCAGCUCUGUCAUGAAGAAACUACAAGGCAGCCAAGAGUGAAAAUACUACCGCAAAGGGAUGGUCACUGAAUGUUCACAUGUACUGUGGUACAGCACUUAAACACGAAUAAACUCAAAAAAAGAAUACAUCAAGAGAGUUAAAAGUGGCACUUCAACACUUGACCGUCAGAUUUUCAGAGACUUUUGCCUAUAUACAAUACAGAACAUACCUUUAAAGUGUGGUGGAGUCAGGUGCUCUGAUGUACACUAAAUAUUGUAAGAUUACAAUCUAUUUAUUUUUAAUAGAAGGAAAUAUAUUAAAUAUUAUGUCCGCUUGUUUUGUCAGUGUCCGAUGUGAGAAGUCCAUGAUAUUCCAUUCUUUUCUGAAACAUACUGAUUCCUUAUCGUUGUUUGUUUUAAAUACCCAUUGAUUCAGAUUGCCUUUUAACCUUUUAGGUAGGUUGAGAGCUCAGUUGCUAGUGUCUAGGUGUGUCUGUGAGCUCUUUAGUUAUUGAUAUAUAUUUAGUAUAUGAUUGCUGAUUGUACAGAUGGCACUUGAUGUUGGGAAAGUGAGUGUUGAGGAUUUGUGUGUAAAUUUUAUGGCAGCUUCUGCUAGAGGUCCAUGCAAUAUAGAAUAAAGCAAAAUAUUUUGUCA